GGCGGAAGCUCACGUGACCGGAAAAGCACUAGUGGCAUAGUCCCCGCCCCUUCCGCUCUGAGGGGGCGGUCACGUGGCUCCGCGCUUGCGCAUUGCGAGCCAGGCGGGAUGGCGGCGGAGCUGUGGGGCUGGGUGCUGGCGCUGGCGCUGGCGCUGGCGGCGGAGCCGGGGCGCAAGGUGCAGAUCGGGGUGCGGCGGCGGCCGGAGGCCUGCGGGGUGCGAUCCCGCCGGGGGGACCUGCUCCACAUGCACUACACGGGUCACCUGGAGGACGGCUCCCAGUUCGACAGCAGCCUGAGCCGGGACCAGCCCUUCGUCUUCUCGCUGGGCACCGGGCAGGUCAUCAAGGGCUGGGACCAGGGGCUGCUGGGGAUGUGUGAGGGGGAGAAGCGGAAACUGGUGAUUCCUCCAGAGCUGGGUUACGGGGACCGCGGGGCCCCCCCAAAAAUCCCAGGGGGGGCCGUGCUCAUCUUCGAGGUGGAGCUGCUGAAGAUCGAGCGGCGGCCGGAGCUCUGAGGGGGGGGUCCCCCCCCAGCCCCCCAAAAUCCAGGGGGGUGUCAUCCCCCCCAAAAAAUCACCAGUGAACCCCGAAAUGGCAAAGUUCCGUUUAUUAAAUCCAUAUAAAAACAACCCCAAAAA